CACCAAACGUUUUCCUUUCUCACUCAACACAGUCCAACAUGUUUAGAUCCACAAGCACUCGAAAAAGCCCUUCCAGGUAUGAGAAAUUAGAUAAAGAACAUGAUGGAAAUGAGGAUUUUAAGAGGAGCACAAGUUUGCCUUCUCGAGCUAUGGCUUCAACCUUUGGUGAGAUGAAUCUUCAGAGAAACCCCACCAAAAAGGAGAAGAAGAUUCACCCACUUCUCAGCCUCUUUGAUUUUCGGCGGAAGAAGACGACAACAGCUAGGCCUGAAUUUGCUAGGUAUCUUGAGUAUGUGAAGGAAGGAGGCAUGUGGGAUAACAAUUCCAAUAAACCUGUCAUCUAUUACAAAUGAUUACUCAUCUCAUGUUUCAAACUCAAGUGUAAGUUAGUGCUAUAUUUCUUCAAAGAAUAAUUAAUUAGCCUUUGAUUCUCAUGUCAAAUCAUCAUAAGAUCUUCAUCUUCCUAUUGUUUCUUGCUGAAUUUGAUCACAUAAAUAUUUACGCUUUUGAAUUCUCGGAGGCCAGAUAAAAAGACACACUUCACAUACAACAUCGUUCUUCUUCUCAUAUCAGAGAUAGUUUGUGUUUUUGUCUAUGGGGUCAAGGAUUUGCCCCUUCCUUAAUCCUCCUAUACUCCUAAAAGCCUUCAUCACUAAAUAGUUUGUAGACGUUUUUGAGCCGACUGUUUGGAAAAUACUUA